AUGGCGCAAGACUUUGGCGUCCCCAUUUAUGCGCUUGAUUUGCGCAAUCAUGGCUCGUCUCCGCAUGCAGACAGCAUGUCUUACCUUGACAUGGCUGGUGACAUUCGAAAGUUUUUUUCGGAUCACAAACUUUCGAAUGCUACGCUCAUCGGGCAUUCUAUGGGCGGCAAAGCUGCUCAAGCAAUGGCCUUGGACCCUCAGCUCCCUGAAGGGAUGCUUUCCCACUUGGUGAGUGUGGACAUGUCACCAGCAGAAGGACCUAUUUCACCUGAGUUCAUGCGUUACGCCGAGUGCAUGAACGACAUCAACAACAUGGACAUCAAAUCGCGCACCGAAGCAGACAAAGUCUUGGAGCAAAUUGAGCCUGAACUUUCUGUGCGACAAUUUCUGCUAACGAAUCUGGAGCGCGACGGUGACACAAUGCGCUUCCGCAUCCCAGUGGACGCUAUCCUUAAGUCGCUAAAAGCAAUUGGUGAUUUCCCAUACGCACCACCAUCAGAUGUUCCCUCACAACCCCAGUAUCAAUGGUAUGGACCUACAUUGUUUAUCAAAGGCACGCGGAGCAAGUACAUCAACCGUCACAACCUUCCACUUUGUAAGGCGUAUUUUCCUAACAUGGAACUCGAGGUACUUGAUACCGGCCACUGGUGCCAAGCUGAAGCUCCAGGUCCUUUUAUGAAAUCAUUAAAAGCAUUCUUACUCAAGUGA